AACUUUCGUUAUCACGUCCAAAACUUGAUCCUAUAAUGCGUGUUUGGCUGGAAAGGGGUAGUGUCGUGCGAGCCCUGAUUGUAUGGCAACAAACGCUCUUGGCUCCACUCAACGAAGUAUAUUGUGUUAUUGCCUGCCAAGGUACUAAAAAGGAGCGAGUGGCAAACUCCCCCUGAGAGGUCGUGUGUGCUGCUAGUGUCAAACAUUCUGGGACCGGCCCCUUUUCGUGAACUGAAUCUCCCACCUCCCCUUCCUUCCUUCCCCCGCCCCUAAACCAUGAUGAUCCAACGACCCACUUUGUGGCCACGAAGUGAAGAGUGCGCUCUAAUUCGAUAGAUGGAUGGAUGUGAUUCAGCCUCUUUGGGUCUUGACGUCUUGACGGCCCACUGACCCAUUGGCGUAAGUGCGUCCAUCGCCCUCGAGACACCCCUUUUAAAGACCAUUCACAGACCGGCCCAGCUCGGUUCACGCUCCUGCGCUGACCCAGGUCAAGGCCGCCGAAGUGAGGCGGGUGCGCUAGGGUCAGCCUCGUUGAGGGCGAGGGACCGCGGGUCUGGACUUCGAAUCCGGGUACGCAAUUAGCCCGGACAACAACAACAACAGCAACAACAACCCAGCGCGUGUACCCACUAGCAUGAAUGUUGUGCCUGGCGGUCCAGGAUCAUCUGGGGGAAGCUCCACCAGUUCCAGGUCCAGUCGUCACAAGAGCCCCUCGUCAUCGGGAUCUCAAUCCCAGCCUCAUCGGCAACAUCAUCACCAUCAUCAUCAUCAUCGGCAGCACCGUCAUCACACCAGUCAUCAACACCGGGUUUAUCACAACGUCGAGCACGCCAACGAAAUGAUCGUGAUUGAUUAUGCGGAUGGGAAUGUGUCUUCCAGUCAGAGACAUGUUGCUGCAGGCAGUGGAGGGGGUUCUAUGGGACCCCCUCCUUUGCCACCCCCAAACAGUAAUCAUGCACCCCCGUUGCCUCCCAUCAAAAGGCAACCCAUCAACCUUCAUGACCUUCAGUCAAGCCUGAGUAGUGGCGGCAAUGGUAUGAAUAAUGUGGAGGUGAAUCUGGCCCGAUAUGCCAACCAAUACCAACACUACUACCAUGCUCACCAUUCACACAACCAUGGCCCUGAAACAGUUGUGGAUGGGACUGUUAUUCAUCCACGCCAUGCAUCAUCAGCUCGUCAGUAUGCUCUUCCUGGUGAUACCCAUAAUGCCUACUACCAUACCCAUCAUCAUCCCCAUGGAGGACAUCCUCCUCAUGGUCAAAUGUACAAGCCUGCCAAUCGAAGCAGUCACAGCAGUGAUACAAGCUCAGCCUACUCCGGAUCAGACACAAUGCAGUCAAUACACAGCAGUCUGGAAAAUGAGGCCGUGGUGGAUCUGUCAGGAUUGCAUGAAUCAGUGGUGGAUUCCGAUGAAGAAGAACUGGCUGAUGGAAUGGGGCAAAUGGUCAUCCGGGAUUUGGUGCGCGAAUGCUUGGAGAAGGACCCUGCUGAUAGGAAUGCCAAAGACAUUGAGGUUCUCUUGGAGUUCUCCAAGACCUUGGAAGCUUUCAACAAUAUGACUCUUGCCACAAGGAGAGCCCUCUGCUCAGUGAUGGUAUUUGCUGUAGUGGAGAAGGCCGGGACCGUGGUCAUGAAUCACGAGGAGGAACUGGACUCUUGGUCAGUCAUCAUCAACGGUGAGGUCCGCAUCGACGACCCUAACCCCGGCAGUAACAACAACCACGCCCUCAACAAUCAAACCACAAGUACCUUCCCUAACCUGAACCAAUCCCAGACAAACAACACUAACAAUAACAACAACAAUCAACACCACCCGAAUGUGACCCGAUCAUCGCGGUCCAACAACCAUGGGAAAUACCUCAAAAUCGGCGAUAGCUUCGGCAUCACCGCCACCAUGGACAAGCUCUACCAUCAAGGCGUCAUGAAAACCUGCAUGGAUGAUUGUCAGUUCGUGUGCAUUACUCAGAAUGAUUACUACAAGAUCCUCAAGGAAGAGGCUACCAAUCAGAGGAGAUACGAAGAAAAUGGCCAGAUCGUCCUGGUCACCGACCCGGAUCCCAACGAAAAACUGAGCCACAAGGUCAUUCGUGGAACGCCGGAUAGGUUGUUACUGCAACUGAUCGAUGAGAACUCCUCGGCGAAUGAGUCCACUUAUGUUGAGGACUUUCUUCUCACCCAUCGAACGUUUUUAAAUUCCUCCAUGGAGGUGGCCCACAAGUUAUUGGAGUGGUUCAAUGAAGGCACUCUCUGUGACAGGGUGACACGGGUUCUCCUAUUAUGGGUGCACAAUCACUUCACGGACUUUGAGACAGAUCCACAAAUGAUGGAGUUCCUGGAGAAGUUUGAGGUGGCCUUGGAGUCGCGCAAGAAAAUGAAUGGACAGCUCCGAUUGCUGAACUUUGCUUGUGCAGAGAAGGCUCGGAAACGAAUCAUAACCUUGAGGAGGUCUUCGCGAGAAGAGCCUCUGCAAUUCUCGCUGAUGGGCGGUUAUGAGCGAGGAUUCGGCAUCUUUGUGGAACGGGUGGAAAAGAACUCAAAGGCGUCGGAAAUUGGCCUCAAGCGAGGAGACCAGAUCCUGGAUGUGAAUAGAAAGAGCUUUGAGAACAACAUGAGUCUGCCCAGAGCUCUGACCUUCCUCAAGGAGAGCACACAUUUAGAGUUGACGGUGAAGUCCAAUCUUCUAGUGUUCAAAGAGCUGCUUCAAACUCCCGAGAACUCCCCGAGAUCGCGCUUGAGAAAGGCUUCCGAUCAAACCGGAGGACGCUCCAAUUCGGAAUACACGGUGAACUCCAAAUCCAAACGAGCCCACGAUGAUUCGUCUGGGUCGCUCAAGUCCAAUAGUUCGUCCAGUUCGUUACCCAUCAACGCCAUGAGAGGCAGAGAUCGAGUUAAAGCGAUGUUGAAGAGCCUGAUCAAGCCCAAGAUGGGGUUUCCUGGUGCACUGUACCCCGAAUCGGAUGUAGCCAACUUGGGCAUUGUCUCGGAUCACAGUAAUGAUUCUUGGGAUUUCACCAGCGACUUGCCCGACCAUUCCUUGAAGAUUUACCGAGCUGACCAGCACUUUCGUUACCUCUUGGUUCAUAAAAAUACCAGCGCCAGAGAGGUUGUUAUGCUCGCCUUGCAAGAAUUCGGGAUCUCGGACUGCAGUUCGAACUUCACCUUGUGCGAAGUCACUGUUGAGGGGAAUCUGGUCCGUCAGAAGCGGUUGCCAGACGAGCAAACCAACCUGGCCGAGCGCAUUGGAUUGGCCUCGAGGUACUACAUCAAGAACAUUCUGUCAUCGGAGCAACUCAUCCCGGAGGACGCCAAAGCCGAGUUGAACAAGGAGGCCCAAGUGAAUCUCCUCCAACUGAAUGCAAUCGAAGCCGCCAUGCAACUUAUGGUGGAGGACUUUACCAUCUUCCGAUCUAUCGAAUCCACAGAGCAUGUUGACAAGCUUUUCGAGCUGGAGUCCAAGUUUGGCACGCCUAAUUUGGACCGUUUCGGGGAUCUGGUCAACCGCGAGAUGAUGUGGGUCAUCACGGAGAUCGUGUCCGAGUCCAACGUGAACCGACGAGUCAAGAUCAUCAAGCAGUUCAUCAAAGUGGCGCACAAUUGCUUCAAGGAGACCCAGAACUACAACUCCAUGUUCGCCAUAACGUCCGGGUUGGACCACGGCGCCGUCAAGCGUCUUAAAUCCACGUGGGAAAAGGUGCCGAGCAAGUAUCUGAAACUCUUGGAGGAGAUGCGUAUGGUCAUGGAGCCUUCCAUGAAUUUCCGCCGUUACCGCAAUCUCGUCAACAGCUCCAAGCCGCCGAUCAUUCCCAUCUACCCUAUGGUGAGCAAGGAUCUGACGUUCCUCCACUUGGGCAACGAAACUCACAUUGACGGACUGAUCAACUUCGAGAAGCUCCGCAUGAUUGCUGAGAAGAUCAGGGACUUGUCCAAUAUGUGCUCCACGCCUUUGGAUGUGACCUCCAUGCUGGACAAGCAAGGUUCCCAAUUGGGCACGGCCCUCGGGAACAUGGUGCCCGCCCAGGGGGGUGCCACCAUCAAACGGGGCACGCGGGGCAAGAGCAAGGAGGCCUUGAAUGCCAAGAAGAUGUAUGAAGAGGCGCAGAUGGUGCGCCGGGUCAAAGCUUACUUGACGAAAAUGCCUGUGAUAAGGGACGAGGAGCGUUUGCACCAAUUGUCAGUGGAGGUCGAGCCUCCUCCGUCCAACCCCCAUCCCGCUCUGACCGUCCCGUCGUCUUCUGCCGUGAGUGGCGGGUCCAUCAAGGCACUCUCCGCGCAGAACUCAACGGCGUCCAUCAACUCUAUGGGGAAACACGUGCUUGAACACCGCUUCUUUUCUCCCCACGUCCCCCGUUGUAGGCACAGACAGUCCUCAGGCCGUGAGGAAGUUGAUGGCUUUGAGCGACCCUUCCAAGACCGGAGACACCAGCCCAAGCACUCGGUGUCCAGUCUCCAGUCCCUGGGAUCCCCCGGGAACUCCCACACCUCGCUCCGGAAAGCGGGUGCGGCUCGAGCGCACGAAAGGUUCGGCUCGGGGCGAUCCCACGGGCUCCACCAAGCUCAGCCUCACCGCGGAAGAUAGCUCGGUCACGAGCUUGCCCGCACUGCGGAAAGCCGCCAAUAGCGUGGCUUCAAUGGGACCCUCUGAACGACGAACCCAUGGGAAUCUGCGCAUUGGUCCGCACUCGAUCCCGAGGGCGCGCGUUGGCGCACCUUGUCGCGGGAGCGGAAAGCCAAGCCCAAACCUCAAGAUACUGAUGACGACGAUGACAUUGAUACUCAAGUUUCCGCAGUUUGAACCACCAGCCAGCCAUUCCUCUGCAUCCACUUCAUCCUUCUUCCUUUUUGUAUUGAUGUAUUUGCUACCAAACCAAUCAACCAAUCAACCGACAGACGCAACUCUAUUAUUACCUUGAACAACUUCAUGUGAUAGAACAUUUGUCGUUACAAGUAGUAACAGUAACAGAAAGAUUGAUGGCCCUUUUCAUACGCCUCAACAAUAAUGCAUUCUGAAUUACGAGCACGUCAACUCUUACACUCACACUUUCAGUAUGUCUACAACUACAGCUACAAAAAAUACAUAUUAUAAAUACAUUCAUACAUAUAUAAAUCAUAAAUAUUUACCAUCAAACGGCAAGAAAUCAAACCUCGUUGCGUUUCCAAUAUAAAAGAAAAACACCCCAACGUCCACCCCCUUCGUAGUCCCUCGGGACUUAGCACUUACCAUAUCUAGUAGCAUCUAUUUUUUCAAACACAAAUCCCCCUUUCUUUUCUUCAUUACCGUUGUUGAUGUUGCUGCUAUUAUCAUUAUUAUUACUACUACUACUACCACAACUACAACUACUAUUAUUACCCUCAAACUAUGACGGAAUGACCACCUGAAGAAUCUCUCAAAAACAAAUGUAAAACGUGUUAUUUCAACUUUUCUAACUUAGAGUGCCAUCCAGAUGAAUUAUCAAAUACACAUCUUCCUAUAUUGCGUAA